AUGUCGACAGGUAUUUUAUUUGACGAUAUGUUCCUGGUAAAGGAUUUUGAUCCUGAUGGUAAGAAGUUUGACCGUGUCUCAAGGUUAUUUUGUGACUCUGAAUCUUUUAAAAUGGAACUGAUAUUGGACGUCAACACCCAAAUUUAUCCAAUGCAUCUAAACGACAAAUUUCGUCUGGUUUUAGCGACCACACUUCGUGAUGAUGGCUUACCUGACGACAAAGAAUAUGAUCCACUGGCUCAUUAUCCUCGUAUGGAUACUUUUGAGUAUGUUAUGUUUGGGAAAGUGUAUCGUAUUGAAGAGGAAGAAUCUAAUGCAGAAUCGAAUACUCUAGCGGCAUAUGCUUCAUUUGGUGGUUUGUUGAUGAGGUUGAAAGGAGAUGCUAACAACCUGCAUGGUUUUGAACUUGAUUCGAGCAUCUAUUUGCUGAUGAAAAGGAUUACUUUCUAA